AUGAAAAUAUGCGUGAUAGGUGCAGGCCCAUCAACCUACUACCUAACAAAACACCUGCACACACAUGCACCAUCCACAACCGUUCACGUAUUCGAGAGGCGCUCAUCGCCUCUACAGUCGCUCAAUUUGUUCAGCAUAAAACCUAGGAUGCACAUGAACAGCGUGCUGUGCAAUAUAAAGGUGCACGGGUCGAUGCUUGAAAGGCUGAGCACUUUUUACGAUGGUGUUGUUGUUGCGGUGGGUGGACGGGCUAGGCGGUUAGGGGAUGGUUUGAAUAAAUUUACGGUUUAUGGGGAGGACGUAAUUAGGAAGGGAAACGGCUUGGAAAGGGUGAAUAGGAGAAGUGCGUGGCUGUUGGAGAAUGUGUUGAAGAGUAGUAGUGAUCGAGGGAAUGGAGAGAGCGGACAUGUCGCGAAUUGGGGUGCUGAACUGAAAAAUGGAGCAGAGGGUGGAAUAAUAAAAAUUGAAGCGGCUGAAAGUGCAACGGGCAACAACGCUGCAAACAGGGAUAGAACAUUAAAUGAAAAUAAUACGGAGCAUAAAAAAGUACAAACAAGCAUAAAUAAAAAUAAAACGCAUGAAUUAGCAGCACAUGCCAAGGCAUUCUCAAAGCUUAGGAGGGUAGCAAUAGUAGGUGCUGGCGAUGUAUCCUUAGAUGUGGCCAGCAUGCUGUACACUCAUGGUGUGCCACAGAUAUUCAUCCUAUCGCGCGCUGAGUUGGCAAAGUGUGCGUUUAGUGCCCAUGAACUGAGGAAAUGUGUGCAUGAUAAGAAUGUUUGUGUGCAGGGAGGGGUGUUAGGAGAUGACAGGAAGGGAAGGAUUGUUAGGGAUGGGAUAGAGGGGUACAAAAUGAGGAGAGAUGGGAUAAACACUGAUAAGGGCAUGUUAGAAGUGGAAAAUGGCACAGAAAAAGAAAAUGAUAAGAAUGAGAUGGUGCAUAAAGAGAUGGAAGGUAAUAGCAGCACCACUACAUUCGGCACUCCACCAGUACAAUUCAAUCGAUUAGAAACAAACGCUUUCAACCGAACUCAGACCAACCAAUCAAAACAGACACUCUACCUGCUCCUCAACACUGUGCUACAAUCCAUCAGGAAGAAAGCAUCGUCUUACAACCUAACCUUACAAACCAAAGAAGGUAACAAAGAACUUAAAAACAUUGAUCUUGUGGUUAAUUGCACGGGAUACACGGGCAGGGAUCUGAGCAGGUACGUGUGCGAUAAACCUGUAUAUUUUUUGGGGUGGUGCAAGGAUGCAAGGGGCAGUUUGGGUGUUGUUAAGGGGAGGGCCGUUGAGUUAGCAGAUAGGAUGAUUGAUGAACUGGAUUUGAAGUAG